AUGUCAUCGAAUAAUUCAUUAUCAUCAUCAACAACAAAUUCAAAUAUAAAUAGUACAUAUGAAUCAUCAUUAGAUCAAUUACGUUCAUUAUUACCUAAUUCAAAUGCAAAAGGAAUGUCAGAUUAUGAUGUUGUUCGAUCAGCGACUGAUUAUAUACAAACACUAAUGAAAGAUAGUGGUACAGCAAGUUCAAAUGAUAAAAAUUAA